AUGGACAAAGGACGACAAGUGACAAGUCACUUCUGCAAAGAAGGCGAUGAGGGCGCCACAGAGACCGUGGAUAUCGAACGCUUACGACGAUGCAUCAUUGAAUUCGUGAAGGAACGAGGUGUCUUGCUCAUGGAGCUCGUUACUAUUGUGCACGAAGCAUCCUACAUGUGUGUAGAAGGAUUGGCCCUUACUGCGGAUUUCACCCUGCGAACUAUUAUGGAUCCGCAAAAGUGGAUUUUCAUUGAGGAAAAUAUCCCGCUCAUGGACUACAAAGGUGUUCGAAGUCUGUUUAAAUGUCUGAUAUAUCAGCAAUUCAACAGUAUACCAGCCCAGUUAUCUCCUGAGCAACGGCGACAACUAUUGCCUGCCGAAAGGAUUCUUCUAAAGAUUCUGGACCCGGAUCUCAACGUAAUACCACCGAUUUUCACCUUAACUGAGCUUAGCCGUGGAAUCCUAAAGCGCGCCUACAUGUUUCCCCGACUAGCUCAUCGUCUUUCGGAACUAAUAAUGUACUUCCGUGCAGUAGCCGAACUCAGUUACGUAAUCGGGCGAUGUUUUCUCUUUCCUCUUCCUGCACAUCCUUCGUUUACAGCUUCAGCGGCUUCGUGCCGAAUAGAUCACUUAACCACACAGAUU